UUUGUCUUUAAAUUUGUCAUUUCUGGGUAUAUAUAUAUAAUAAAUGGCGUAGUGUUAGUGGGUCACCUGAUCCAUUACCAAGUUUUCUUAGCCUCAACUCAUCCACAAACACAGUGGUUUUGGUAAAAUUGGUAAAAUUUCUAGCCCUGAACGCCUUUAAAGAUUGAAUCUUCGAGGCUUUGAUGCCUUCUCUUCACUCUGGGUCCUUGAAAUGGCGCGCGUUGAGAUGGGUCAUGUGGUGGAUUUGGAAUGUGGCGAACACCGCCGCCGGCACUCCUCCGGCGAGGAGCAGCCGGAGGAGGAGGAGGGAAGCUUCUGUUUCUCUGACGCCGACGAAGGGUCAUGUUAUUCCCAGUUCUAUUCCACGGCCGAUGGCUCUACCUAUGACGACUGUAGCUUCGCCGGUGCGUCUGAGUCUGAGAUAGCGGAGACUGUGGACUCCCGGCGAGCUUCGUCGGCGGCGGCGGAGUCCGAUUGCUCGGUGGAUUUGGAGAAAGGGGUUGGUGAAACCAAGGUGCAUUUCGGGAAAAUUCAAAGAGAUUGUAGGAUUUGUCAUCUCAGCUUCGACAGCUCCGGGCCUGAAACUGGGGUUUCGAUUCAACUAGGAUGUUCUUGCAAAGGUGAUUUAGCUUCUGCUCAUAAGCAUUGCGCUGAGACUUGGUUCAAAAUCAAAGGAAAUAAGAUCUGUGAAAUUUGCAACUCUAUUGCACGUAACGUUGUUGGUCCAAACGAUACUGAGUCAUCAUUGGAGCUACAAGCAAACGAGAUGAAUGGUGGUGCGGGCACAAAUGCAGCCACGGGAACAUCUUCUUCCUCCACUUCUGAGGCCCGAAGUUGCUGGGGUGGGCAGAAGUUCUUGAACUUCCUCUUAGCUUGUAUGGUAUUCGCGUUCGUCAUCUCAUGGCUCUUCCACUUUAACGCCCCUUCGUAGGCUGGCAGUGAAGUAACGACCUCACGGAGAUGAUCGUGAGCUCGCAAAGGCUUUCAGCGUCGCUUUGUUGAUACGUACCUCUCGAUACAAAUGUAGGUUAGAAAGUAGAAACUCAGCAUUAUUGAAUUGCCAGUUUACUAGUGUACUGCAACUACAUUUCCUUGUGUGGAUAACGCCUUAUAAUUCAAAAAUGAGUAUUUUCUUUGAGAUUAGUUAGUGAUUUACUUC